AGAUUUGUCAGUUAUGGUAGAAGGCUGUGCAUUACCCUUUUUUAUAUUUCUUUCACACCUCAUAACGUUUGUAGGUUUUGUCAAAAUUUCUGGAUUCGAAUUUAGUAAGUAAAAUACACAAGUGGCAUAAAAUUAUUGUUUGUGAAAUCAACCAACUUAAGGGUAAUUAUGUCCGCUGUUUAGAAAAGAAUCAUUCGCUUGAUGCCAUUACCAAAUCACCUAGUUGCAAACUCUCGGAAAACUACACUACACGCACGCCGAGGAAACAAGAGCCAUGUCCAAAUACAAUUCUAGCGCUGGGAUCCGUCAGUUGGGUACUCGAAGUUCGGAUGUGGAUGCACUGGCACAGCGGGGCUACAAUGUGGGUCACAAGAUCGGCGAGGGGUCUUAUGCCACUGUUAUAACCGCCGGUUAUGCCGAUGAUCAUGGACAUGGAGUACAUUUGGCCUGUAAAAUCAUUGACAAAGCCAAGGCGCCCACUGAUUUCGUGAACAAGUUCUUUCCGCGCGAACUGGAGAUCCUGACAAAGAUUGAUCAUUCCAACAUUAUUCAGAUCCAUAGCAUCCUUCAGCGCGGUCCCAAGAUCUUCAUCUUUAUGCGUUACGCAGAGAAUGGGGAUUUGUUGUCGCACAUCAAGAGGUCGGGUCCCAUCGAUGAGAAGCAAUCGAAGAUCUGGUUCUUUCAGAUGUCCAAGGCACUGAAGUAUCUGCACAACCUGGACAUUGCCCAUCGGGAUCUCAAGUGCGAGAACAUUCUUCUCUCCAAGCGGCUCAACAUCAAGCUGGCCGAUUUCGGAUUUGCUCGCUAUUGUCGCGACGAUAAUGGCCGGGAGAUGAAAUCUGAGACAUACUGCGGAUCAGCUGCUUAUGCUGCACCUGAAGUAGUUUGUGGACGACCAUAUGAUCCAAAGCUAGCGGACGCCUGGUCCUUGGGAGUCAUUCUGUUCAUCAUGAUGAAUGCCAAGAUGCCUUUCGAUGACAGUAACUUGACCAAAUUGCUGGAGGAUCAGCGUAACCGCAAGUUUGCCUUUCGCCGGAAGCUGCAGGAAACGAUAUCGGCCCAGGCGAAGGCCACUGUUUCAGUGCUGCUCGAACCGGAGGCACAUGCUCGCUGGAAUCUACGCGAGAUCCUUAACUGUGCAUGGCUGCGAACCGUCGAGGAAUCCCAAACACCCAUUCCCUAGAACUGACUGCAAGUUUGCAAAAUCUCUGAAGCCACUCAUCACUGAGAAUCCUAUGAGCACUUGCACGCAUAGCGCGUUGGUUUCACAGAUAUGUGUAAAUUGGAAUGGUUCCUCAGAAAUUCAAUGGUAUUUUUUCAGAAAGAUAUAUCUUUCAACUGUCUGAAUCCCAUCACCCACUUUUUAUUUUGUAUGGUAUUAAUAAAAAACCAAAUGGUGAAGUAUUU